GUUUUUCCUUCUUAACGGUUCUGGAAGCAGAAUCAGUUGAAAAACAGCGCAUGGAAGACGGCUCGGCACAGCCUUAUCUGCACGUACGACGUGCUCCAUUAAAUGCUGCAUGAAACUGCUUCAGUUUAAGGCGUAGUAUUUAAAAUAAACCUUGGUUACGCUUAAGCUUGCUUUACGUAUGCCAUGCGAGAAUAAAACACCGCAAAUACCGCAAAUGCCAUGCAUAGAAGCGCAUAGUUCAGUUGUUAGGAUGCGUAUCCCUGUUACGACGUUGGUUGCCAGUUGCCAUAAACCCCCCCUUCGUCUCCUUGAAACCUUCGUCAUCAACAUCUUCAUCACAUAACCACAACCCAAGAAAGCAGAAACAAUAGACUAGCCAUGUCAUUCUUCAAGAAAAUAACUAAGGACUUCGAGAACCUUAUGGGUGAUGACAAGAAGCCAAAGGAUGAACCUCAGGCUGAUCAACAGCGAGCUGCAGACAACACCGGAUACGCACCACCUCAACCCCAAUACGGAGGUCCCCAAGGCCAAUACGGAGCCCCCCAAGGCCAAUACGGAGGUCCCCAAGGCCAAUAUGGUGCUCCCCAAGGCCAAUACAGCGCUCCUCAAGGCCAAUACGGUGCUCCUCAAGAUCACCAAUACGGCGCCCCUCCCCCCGGCCCUCCCCCAGGCAAAUACACCGCACCACCCCACUCCCAAAGCGCGCCCAUCCCGCCCACCCCCUCCCUCCCUCAAGGCUGGUCGGCGCUCUGGGACCCCGCCGGCUCGCGGUGGGCGUAUCUAGAGGUCUCGAAUAGCAAAGUCGUGUGGACGGUUCCUACCUCCCCUUCGUAUGGGGGGCACGAUGAUGGGACUCGCGGAUUAGAUAACAACCAUGGUGGUUACGAUGCUGGAUAUGGAGGGCAGGGAGGGUAUGGAGGACAGCCUGGGUAUGGCGGACAGGGCGGGUAUGAUCAAAGUGGGUAUGCUGGACAGGGCGAGUAUAAGGACCAGGAAAAGAAGAAAGAGAAGGACGAUAAGAAGAUGAUGAUGAUGGGUGCAGCUGGUGGCGUGGCCGCUGGCGCAAUCGGCGGUGCGCUGCUCAUGAAUGCUCUUGAUGAUGAUGAUGAGCAUCACGCUGCACCGAUGCAGGGAGAGCUGCCUAAGGAGACGGCGGAUGGGAGCUCGGUUAGUAGUAGUGAUAGGGAGGAGGUCGAGGAGGCGAGAGCGGUGUAUGAGGAGGCGUAUGAGGAUACGUAUGGUUCGGAUUAGGGGUAGAUGUUUUGUGCUUCUUUGUGAUGCUUUAUGACUCUUCACGAUGUUUCACUAUACUUUACAUAGCUUUGAGAUGAGAUAGAAUGCUCGUCCGUUGCUAGUAAAUGCCGCAAAGUCAUUGCCUAGUUUUCUUGUAAGGGAAAAGGGGGCAUACCUACCUGUCGGGAAC